GAUUCGCCAAUGGCGGGAGAUACCGAAGAUAAAAUUUUGUCAAAACUUCCACAAAGUUUAGUGAAACAGUUAAUGCCGUUUCAGAAGCAGGGUGUUCAAUUUGCCGUCAAGAAAAAUGGCAGGUGCCUUAUUGCAGAUGAGAUGGGUCUUGGGAAGACUCUACAGGCAAUAUCUGUGGCCUACUACUACAAGGAUGAAUGGCCUCUACUGGUGAUAGUGCCGUCCUCUCUCAGGUUUUGUUGGAUUGAAGAGUUUGAGAAAUGGUUGCCGGACAUUGAUCCAGCCAGUAUCAACCUUGUUCAGUCAGGGAGUGAUGUCAGCGAGAUUGGAACAUCCCAGAUAACGAUUGCAACAUUUGGGCUGUUGUCGAAGGCCACCAGUCGACUCCUGAAGGAGGCGCUGUUUAGUCAAGGGUUCAAGGUGGUGAUAGUAGACGAGUCUCACUACAUCCGCAACAUCCAGACGGCCUCCGCCAAGACUGUGGUGCCCCUCAUAAAGAACGCAAACAGAAGAAUCUUACUGUCCGGGACGCCAGCCCUCGCUAGGCCUGUUGAGCUGUAUCCGCAGAUUGAUGCAAUCUGCCCUGACAAGUUUGGGUCCUGGUGGCACUACACAGCCCGCUAUUGUGAUGCAAAGAUCGAGUGGAUAGGAAAGGUUAAGAGAAGAAAUGUCAAUGGGGCCAGUAAUCUGCAGGAGCUACAGGGGCUGCUGUGCUCGGAGCUGAUGAUCCGACGCGAAAAAGCCCAGGUCCUAACCCAGCUCCCACCUAAACAAAGACAGAAAGUGCUCUUUGAGCUUAAGGACUCUGACCUCAAAAAGGAGAUUCGUUCCACGUUUGAAGAGUUACAGCCCCUGUUGAGGAAGCGGGCUGGUCAAGACCGGUUUGAGGUGCUGACAGGGGCUGGAAGCCAUGUUACCAAGGAUACCAACAUGCUGUCCCUCAUCUCCCGCCUCUAUCAGCUCAGUGGGGAGGCCAAGAUAGGCCCAGCCAAAGAGUAUGUGGAGAUGCUGUGUGAGAACCCAAAGUUAAAGUUCCUGGUGUUUGCAUACCACCACGCAAUGAUGAAUGGCUUAUCAGAGUCACUGCAUGACAAACACGUCAAGUUUAUACGCAUUGACGGCGAGACUCCUCCCUCUGAAAGACCGCAUCUUGUCCACCAGUUCCAGUCAGAUCCAGACACAAGGGUGGCUGUACUGAGCAUACUGGCAGCUGGAGUGGGAUUGACGUUCACAGCAGCCACCCUGGUGGUGUUUGCUGAGAUGUACUGGACCCCCGGCACCAUGGUGCAGUGUGAGGACCGGGCCCACCGUAUUGGUCAAUCCAGCUGCGUUGCCGUGCACUACCUGGUCGCCAAGGAUACCAUGGACGAGUGGGUGUGGUCAGCCGUCUGCAAAAAGACGAUAGUAACCUCGACAACAUUGACAGGCAGGAAGAGCGAGCUGAAGGCAGCAGACGGUGACCGUUACCAGGUGGAUGUGCUGUCCAAUGCGGAGGUCUGGGUACCAAGCACAAACCAACCAGAGACCAACGUCACUCAGUAUCUCCAGACUCAACUUGAACCUGAUCAGCCCUCUAUCCUGGAUUUCUUUGCUGGCGCAAAACAGAAACACAACACUCCAGGCUCUAGUACAAAGAGAAGCUUUCUGGACACCAUUGAUCAAGAUAUUUCUUGUAUUGAUACUGACACUGAUGGUGAUGCGUUAACACAGAAACCAUGGAAACGACAGAGGUUGUCUGAUGUUGCUAGUGUGGAGACCUGUGAGACCAAAAAUAAUAGCCUGUCAUUGUCCAGUUAUAGGAAGAGCUUAGAUGGUCUCAGAAAUCAGCCUUUAGAUUGUAUUGUUAUCGAUGAUGAAGAGGAUGUUUUUGUUUCUCGUAAGACAGAGAAUAAAACAGGUAAAAAACACAAGGCGAACACAAGAAAGUCCUUUUCCCAUGGUAAAACAAACAAAUCAGUUGUCUCUGAAGAUAUGAAUGCUGGAAAAUGGAGUUGCACUGCUUGUACAUUUCUGAAUCAUGCUGAUUUGAAAUCAUGUGAGAUGUGUGAAACGAAACGAACCACAAAGAAGACGAUGUUAAAAGAGGAUAAUAACCACAUUGAGGCUGAGGUAUGUGAGAAGGCAGAUGUAGGAAAGAGACAUGUGUGCAGCGAUGAUCGAAACAAUGUCAUGCGAAUAUCUGAGAUAAGUAAGUCAAUCCAUUCUGAGCUUAUGGUAGAAGAUAAGUGUUCAGAAGUGAGUGAUGUUGUGAGCAAAGGUGGUAACAGCACUGUGGGAUGUUCAUACUCUGAUUUGGAAAUAGAGCCAGAAGAUGGAGUUGAUCUGCAUUGUGGUGUUGAUAUAGAUAAUUAUGAUGACACAGAAAAUGAGAAUACUCAUAUUAAAACACAGAACCAUUCAAAAUCUGACCUUAGUAACAUUCAAAACACAUUACCUGUAGAGGCGGCUGGUAUAAAUAAGGAAAAUAUUGGUAUUUUCAAAAGAGACCAAUAUCCUCAUACACCUAAAAGUGCCAGAAAGAAGUAUCGAUUCCGGACACCUAAAUCUAGUCAGUCACCGUGUCCUGAAAUAGUGGCGGAGGGAUCUCCUGCAAGCGUUCCUAAGAACUACUUUUUCAUUCCAAGCCCUCUAAGAACACCAAGGAGUUCAUCCCAAGAGAGUGGAGGCAGUGUGAAUAAGACUGGAGUUAAUCUUGUUAGAGAAUCUUUAGAUUUCAGUUCAGUCUCUUCCCAAGAAGAAAUCUCCUUCAGGCUUGAUGUUGAUACAGAAUUGUCUGAACAAGUGUAUACGGAACAUGAAAGUAUUCCAGUUGUUAAAGACGAUAGUGAGAAUCUUCUUACAACUCCACUUGAUAAAGGAUCUGCGGAAGAGUACACUUUCAGUUCUCCAGAAGUGGAGGACAUGAUGGCAGCUCAGCCCACUGAUGUUCCAGCCCCAUCUCCAGAAAAGCGUAUGGUUGAUAUAGAUUGUAUUCCUGUGUACAAUCUCUUCUACUACGUGUGCAGUAAGUACACUGGCCGUGUGUACCUGCUGACGCCUGACCGUCUGCCGUUGAACGUCAAUUUCGUGCCGACAGACGUUGAGGUGGGGAACCUAGAUGGUCUGCCAGACGUGCUGAUACACCCUGCCAACCUGAAACACGUGCAGCGGUUUGUGCGAGAAUGGAAUAGUUUAUCGGAGACAAAGCGUCGUCUGCUAGUGAAGUCAAGUGCUCCGUUCAUCAGCCCCCUACAGGAGUAUGAGAGGCUGAAGAGCUGUAAGAAUGUCAACAUUCAGAGAUACAAGAGCAAGGCUGACGUGAGUAAGGCUGCCCACCACACCGCUGAGUCCAUACAGGGCAGUGUGAGGCAGCUACAUAAACCUGGCGGGAGUGUGCAUGGCACAGACAAGUCUUCAGGAACUGCCCAGGUAGUUUCCCAGGAUGGUACCCCGCAUUGUGUUCAGUGUAUGAAGCCCUACAGGAACCAACUGCUUCAGACAACCACCAUUGUGAAUGAGGAGAACGCCUGGCAAACACGCUUCUGUUCACAAACCUGCUCACAGCAGUAUUGGAUGUUGACCAAUACAGAAUACAUACGUGACCAGGUUUUUGAAGUGGAACAUGGGAUAUGUCAGAUGUGCAAGCUGGAUGCCCACUCCUUGUUCAAGCACAUCAGGGAUACACGUGACAUACGCAAGAGGGCGGAGAUACUCGGUCGCUCCCCAUUGGUCAGUCUCAGUGUGAAGGUCAGGCAGCAGAUGGUCACUAAACCCACGCCCGGACUGUUCUGGCACGUGGAUCACAUCAUCCCAGUGUGGGAGGGCGGAGGACAAUGUAACAUUGACAACCUGCGGACUCUGUGUGUACGAUGUCAUAACAACGUCACCGCGACACAGGCCUCCAAGCGGGCAACAGUGCGGAAACUGGGCACGGCUGUUAGAUCAAGGGACAUCACUGCAUUUUUCCAGAAAUCCUGAGUAACUCAAAACAUGGUCCAGAGUGUUAUUUAGUAUUGACAGUUUGUAGUCAGAUAUGAGGACAUCACUGUGUUUUGUCCAGAUAUUUUAAUAUAUACUUCAAAAGUGCUAUAGAAAUUACAAUUUUAAACAGUGUUGUUUUUUUUAAAGCUGUGUUGCUUACAUAUUAGUUUUAUUUUCUAAUAUUUAUGCCCCCCUUCGAAGAAGAGGGGGUAUAUUGCUUUGCUCAUGUCGGUAGGUCGGUCGGUCCGUCCACCAGGUGGUUUCCGGAUGAUAACUCAAGAACGCUUGGGGCUAGGAUCAUGAAACUUCAUAGGUACAUUGAUCAUGACUCGCGGAUGACCCCUAUAGAUUUUGAGGUCACUAGGUCAAAGGUCAAGGUCACAGGUGAAGGUCACAGUUACUGGAAAUAGGCAUUAUAAGGAUUAAGCAUGGUUCAAACAAGGGAAAAAACUACGGUUUAUGCAUGUUCUUUUUAUUACAGAUUUGCCUCCCUUUAAUUCAUUCAAAAUCUCAUUUUACAGCAGAGAUUCCAAAUCUGACCUGUAAAUGAGCCCCAUAUUUACUGCCAGUGCUAGGUUACCUUUUCCCAUUUGAUCAUUCUUAAGUAUUGGUAUUGUAGUGCUGUUACUGCUGCUGCUACUGCUACUGCUACUAAUACUACUUCUACUACUACUACUACUACUACUACUACUACUUCUACUACUACAAGUCUGGGAAUUUUAUUUCAUCAGGUUGGUGGCAACCCUGAUAAACUACAUAGCAACUUCAUAUUUGGAUUACUAGGGGUUAUUGUAUUUCUCAAAGAAAUCUUGUUUAGAAUUUGAUCAACAUCAACAUAAAAUUUGAAAAACGGGAUUUGUUGAAACAGAACAAAUACCCAUAAAUGAAAGUGUUCAACAACUGUUAUGAGAUUUACUUUAUGAAACAAACAACAGUUUUCUGACCCUACAUUAAAGGGAAAUUUCAAAGAAAAUCCAAAGUCAAUAUAUUUAACGCUAUUUACAUUGAAAUAUGAUUACAUUAUCGGGUAAAUAAUGUUUGAGUGUUCUGUUUAACAUUAAAAAGAUAAUUUUGUUGACUUUUACGAUCAUAACUCCCAAAGUGUUGAUUCGCUUAACCCCUGUUUAGUGACGUCAAACCUGAACAAGCAUUUGCACAUCCAUCAUUAUGCCCCCUUUAUAGAAGAGGGGGUAUAUUGUUUUGCACAUGUCGGUCGGUCGGUCCGUCCACCAGAUGGUUUCCGGAUGAUAACUCAAGAACUCUUAGGCCUAGGAUCAUGCAACUUCAUAGGUACAUUGAUCAUGACUGGCAGAUGACCCCUAUUGAUUUCAGGUCACUAGGUCAUAGGUCAAGGUCACAGUGACUUGAAAUAGUAAAAUGGUUUCCGGAUGAUAACUCAACAAUACUUACGCCUAGGAUCAUGAAACUUCAUCGGUACAUUGAUCAUGACUGGCAGAUGACCCCUAUUGAUUUCAGGUCACUAGGUCAAAGGUCAAGGUCACAGUGACUCGAAAUAGUAAAAUGGUUUCCGGAUGAUAACUCAAGAAUGCUUACGCCUAGGAUCAUGAAACUUCAUAGGUACAUUGAUCAUGACUGGCAGAUGACCCCUACUUAUUUUCAGGUCAUUAGGUCAAAGGUCAAGGUCAUAGUGACAAAAAAUGUAUUCACACAAUGGCUGCCACUACAACUGACAGCCCAUAUGGGGGGCAUGCAUGUUUAACAAACAGCCCUUGAUUUAGAAGAUAAGCCAUAGUUCAGAAUCCGGGUUGUACUUUUCUUUUUUAAUUGAUAUUAACGUGAAAUUUGUUUUCACUGGUUAAGCACAGUGAUAGGAAAAUUAUAAAAUAAUGUCUCUUACAUUCAUAGACUUACAGUAGUCAACAAUUGCGCACCUAUGAACAACACCAGUUGACCAUUGGCAACACCAGUUGACCAUUGGCAGCUUUUGCUUUCAUAUGUUUUGAUAAUAUCUGAUUCUUUCCAUUACCAUCGAAGAUAAAGCAAUACUGAGCUUCAGAGUUUAUAUUCACGAUUGAAGGACUGUGUGAUGAUUUAUUUAAUAACGCCAGUUUGAAAAACAAUUUAUAGUAUUUUUUUAAGGUCUUUUUGUUUUGUUUUAAAAGUUAAGUGCUUCUAAUUAUAUGCCAUUGUGUUGCUGUCUAGCCGACCUGCGAUAUGCUUCACUGUAUUGCUGGGACUUUAGGCCAAAUGUAUUAAGUGCCUUGCCAAAAUCAACUAUAACGUAGGCACAAAUAAUGCCAAGAUAUCCAAAAUUAAGUCAAAUAUCUGAAUUAUUACAGAUAUGGAACCAGAUUGUACUAUGUGUAUUGUAUGUUCUCUUACCAUAAUUGUACCAUCAACUCAGGUCACAAACAUAUUGUCAAAGUGAACUAGGGUUGCAACCAAAUUACUGACUCGUGUCUCAAUGUUAAAAAAAUAAAUAAUUAUGCCCCCCUUCAAAGAAGAAGGGGUAUAUUGUUUUGCUGGAUGUCUGUCGGUAGACCAGUUUAUUUCCAAUCAAUAACUGGUCAACAAAUUUUCAGAUUGGCUUGAUACUUCACACGUACAUUGGCCUUGGACAGUAUUAGGGUUACUAUGUCAACGGUCAAGGUCACUGUCACAAUAUGUAUGAAACUUGUUUCUGAUCAAUAACUUGUCAACGGAUUGACCGAUUGGCUUGAUACUUCACCCUUGCAUUGGCCUUGGAAUUUAGAUGACCCCUACAGAAAUUAGGGUCACUAGGUCAAAGGUCACUGUGACAAAAAGUGUGAAAAUCGUUUCUUAUCAAUAACUCAUCAACAAAUCGACCGAUUGGCUUGAUACUUCACAUGUACGUUGGCCUUAGACAGUAGAUGACCCCUAUUAAAAUUGGGGUCACUAGUUCAAAGCUAUGUUGUUGGGUUUUUUUGGGGGGGGGGCAUAUGUCUCGGAAUGUGGAACUCUUGUUUAUAUCUUGUUAUGUAAUGCAUUAUAUCCGAUUAAUUAUAAAAUAGAGUUUCUCUUUUUUAUCUAUAUCUAAUGUAAAAUUUGCAUAGGUUAUGGAUGGUCACUUUUGAUUCAAUAGUGCAUGCUCUAUUCAUGUUUAUACUUUAAUGUAAUUAGUUAAUUAAACAAAUAAUUUAUAAAAUACUUGUAUAUGCAGUGUUUAGCACACAGUGUAAGACAUAAGAAGGCUGUUGUCUGGCUGACAAGAUUUGGCUGAGGACAGAAUGUAUUUGUAAAAGUCACUGGUAGUCACACUCACCUGCCUAAAGAACAUCAUUUAGUUAAACAUGGUUUGACACUCACACAAGACUCCUCAGUAUCUUACCAUGUACAGAACACUCAGUUUUCAUUGGUUUAGCUGGGUUAUUUGCAGACUGUGUUUUAUUCCAAACUUUGUCAGUAUGGUUCAUAUCCACAUGAUUUAGAACUAUUUUGUAUGUUGGUUAAUGUGAAUUAAAGGAAUCAGAUGAUCAUGGUAACAACAAGUUUGUCAUUUGUAUACCAGUUGAUUAUGUUUCAUAACCUGUUGAUCAUAUUAAGUACAGCUGAUUAUGUUCCGAAUGAUUUGAACAUAUUUGUUACCAGUUGUCUUUGUCAUAACCAAAGAGAUCGUGUUCAUGACCAAUAGAUCAUGUUUAUAACCAAUGGAAUCACGUGCAUUACUAGGGCUCGACAUGGAAUUAAGUUUCUGAAGAUAGUGUAUUUAAUUUGCAUUGUGAUGAAUUUUUUUAUGACGUAUUUGAUUUGCAGAGUGGAGAUCAAGGCGCUGUUAACCCUUUGCAUGCUGGGAAAUUUGUCAUCUGCUAAAAUGUCGUCUGCUGAAUUUCUAAAAUUAGCAUUUUCUUCAUUUUUUUUUCAAAGAAUACUAUCAGAAUAGCAAACAGUUUGGAUCCUGAUGAGACGCCACGUUCUGUGGCGUCUCAUCUGGAUCCAAACUGUUUGCAAAGGCCUUCAAAUUCCGGUUCCAGCGCUCAAAGGGUUAAUUAAGAUCGUUAGUGUAUUUUGUGUCAAGUAAUGUCUUAUUAUUUAACAUUACGGGUUACUACUUAGAUUUGGAAUUAAAUGAUUGGCCAAUAUGCUGUUGUAGAUUCUAAAUGGUAAAAGGUUCCACCCGUGUUUAGCUUUUACCGGAUCUGUUAUGUCAUUUAUAAUGAAUUCUGCAAAUAAUGCACCUUUGUCGUGAAUAGCUUGCUAGAAUGGAUUAUUGUCGAAAUCCAUGUUGUCGCAUAUUGAUAAUAAAAUAGUUAGUCUGUUACACUUAUGACUUUUACAUGUUAAUUGAACUAUCUGUCCUGUCAGCAUCUCAUUUUGAAAUGAAAUGCGGGGUUUCACUUUGCACAUACUUCACGUGCUCUGAUUGCGUACUUGUAUGUUAUAAUAGAACGCCUGCCACGCAAAACUUACGGCACUAGUGCGUUCAGUUAAUAAUUUCCUAUUCAAAAUAAACAAAAAGAUAAACAAAA